UCAUUGUCUUUUGACUAAAAAGCUCUGAUUUUCUUCCUCCUCUUACACCCUUUGAUUCUUUGAGCACUUCGGAGAAAAAUUGAAAAAGAAGAAUUGACGGCAAGCGAAGGCAAGGACGAUCACGAAGAGGAUGGAUGGAUGGAUGAUAUCAGGAGUUGGUCACAACAUUUCACUCGACAGAACAAUACGGAGAAAGCUCACGGAUACAUCCGUAGUCCCCUACCUUCGGUCAUGAGUAUGGCAACAGCCAAGCCAGGAAAAUCCCUAACCUCCGCGACGAGCGAUAACUCGUCCACACCAGCUGGUGUAGCAGUUGUAUAUAACUCUUGUUUAUAGCAGAUUCCCUUGGUUGAAAUAUCAUGGCGGUAUUUGAAAAUGUCUCGCUCCAAGGCAAUGGCGAAACAACUGCAAGCAGCAAUAGUACUCCUUCUCAAGAAGAGUGCUUUGGUCUUCCAACACAAGUUAAUAUCGCGUUACACGUUUUCACGCUCUUUGCAUCCUUGAUGGGAAAUUCCCUUCUAAUCACUGCUUUUGUUAGAAUGAAAGAAAAAGUCAUCCUAGUGAUCGCUAACAUGGCUGCAUCAGACCUUCUGGUAGUAAUCUUUCUACUUCCUCGCUUCAUUGUAGCGGAGGCGCUCAGGUCUAAUGUUUUUCUUAUCCACGGAGGAGGGGGCACAUUUUUGUGCAAGGUGUGCAGCUUCUUCAGCGACAUGUCGUUGUCGGUGUCAACUCUAAGUUUGGUCGUGAUCGCGGUUGAGCGCUUUCUAGCUGUGGUGUAUCCUCUUCUGUAUAUGAAAACCUCUGGCAAGAGACGUCGUCUUCUCGUAGCUUCAACUUGGAUCUUGGCCGCAGCAUUUCACUUGCCGUACUUUUACACUUUUCGACUGGUGAGAGAAGUCGAUAAUCAAGGUUAUGACUAUCAUGUCUGUCAAUCAAGCUGGGAACCAGCUUUCAAUGACCAGUCUGCGCGUCGUCGCUACAACAUCUUUCUCUAUACAACCGUUUUGAUUAUACCAUUGCUCGUUAUUUCUGUUUUGCACAUUACUGUCGCUUUUCAUCUUCGAAAGGACAAAAUGAGUUCAUGUCGAAACGAGAACGGAACAAAACGGAUUCGAAAACGCACCCGGAGCCUACUCAUGAUGGCCAUUUCUACUGUUACAGCAUUUCUGAUCUGUUGGACGCUCCAAAUCGCUACAACUUUCGUCUCCCUCUUUUCACCCGGGUUGUUUCGAAAGUGCAGCAAAAUGCACACGGUCGUGUCUUCUCUCUCGCACAUUUUGGCAAGUUGCUAUUGCGCAAUCAAUCCCUGGAUAUGCCUCUUCUUAAUUCCAAGGCUUUUUCGCGAAUUGAAAAUUAUGGUGCAUAGAAGAACAUUUCGGCAGUAUGCAAUGAAGGGCCAAAAAAUGGGGUCUGAGACCGAAAGUAGUAAUGUCCGGCUUCGAUUUGAGAGUCGCACGUGUUCAUUCACACCCAAUGGCGAUAAUCACGAAAAAUCGACCGAAAGAAGUUACUGAUGACUCGAUGCUUAUGCAGUCUCUCGUCGCCUCUCUUCAGUGCACAAUGUCAUGUACAUGAAAAUUUUGUCAGGACUCCUAUUUUAAGGAUUUCAGCUUGAUGAAUGAAAACUUUCACUCCAGUAAGGAUGUCCAAAGCCAAUA